AUGGUGCACAUGAAGGCCCUAGCAAGAGGGUGUAUUUGGUGGCCCAAACUUGAUAAAGAAAUUGAAGAGUGGGCACAGGUUUGCACUCAAUGCCAACAAAGCAGGCCAGAACCUCCACCAGCUCCACCGCAAAAGUGGGAGUCCACUGGUAAGCCAUGGUCAAGACUUCACGUGGAUUUUGCUGGCCCAGUACAGGGACAAAUGUUCCUCAUUGUAGUUGAUGCCUGGUCUAAAUGGCUGGAAGUGGUGCAAAUGCAUUCGACCACUUCUAUCGCGGUCAUUCAUGCGCUACGCCGGCUUUUCGCAACCCACGGGCUGCCGGACAUACUGGUCAGUGACAAUGGCCCUCGGUUUGUCUCAGAGGAAUUUCAACAAUUUUUAGCCAACAAUGGCAUUCGCCAAAUCACCUCUGCCCUGUUUCAUCCAGCUUCAAAUGGUCAGGCAGAGAGAAUGGUCCGCACGGCCAAAGAAGCCCUGGGAAGGUUAACUGAGGGGGAUUGGAGUGUACGAUUGGGGUCUUUCCUCUUGCGGCAGCAGUCCACCCCCUGUAGUGCAACGGGUCAUAGUCCGGCUGAAUUACUUAUGGGUAGGCGUCUAACAACUCGUUUAAACCGGUUGCACCCGGACCUAAACGAGCAGCAGGAGGUUCACAAACGAAGGUGCGCAUGUUUGAGGCCGGAGACAAAGUGUUCACCUGUAAUUAUGCUGCAGGGCAUUCUUUCCUGGGCCCCCGGGGAGGUGUGCGAGAGUAUAGGCACACGUAUGUAUGUGGUACAGCUAGCCGAUGGUAGAAAAUGGCGGCACAACAUUGACCAGCUGAGGAGACGUUGGGCGAAGGACAGUGCUGACUCUCCUACAGAUGAGUCCCCUAACUUUGAUCUCAGACCUCCAGAGACGGAGGUGAUACAGAAGUGCCCAGCUUUGUCCCCGAAGCAGGGCAGACCCCUAGUUUCAGUGCCACAACCCCAGAAGUUAACGUGCCUGACCCAGUCGUUACAGAGCCCAGAGGUGACCCACAGCUAA